AUGCAAGUUCUUCUGCUUGGUGGCCAUGGCAAAGUGGCCCUCCAUAUGACCCCCCUCCUGCUCAACCGGGCCUGGAAUGUCACCAGCGUCGUGCGCAACCCCGCUCACGAGAGCGAGAUCCUGGAGCUAGGCAAGGGUCGCAAGGGCAAGGUAAACGUGCUGAUUUCCAGCCUGGACGAAGUGAAGAGCCCCGCAGAUGCGAGGAAGAUCCUCGACUCUGUGACUCCAGACUAUGUGGUCUGGUCGGCUGGUGCCGGCGGCAAAGGCGGCCCAGCUAGGACGAUCGCCAUCGACCAAGAAGCCGCAAAGCACUUCAUGACCGCCUCCUUCGCCUCGCCCAGCGUAAGCAAAUUCCUCAUGGUCUCAUACAUCGGCAGCCGCAAGAAGCAGCCCCGCUGGAUGCCCGACGACCAAUGGGCCGGGAUCAUGCACACAAACACCGAAGCGCUGCCCACCUAUGCCAAAGCCAAACAAGAAGCAGACGAGUACAUGACCGCGCUGGCAGUGCGACGCAAGCAGGAUACCUCUGCGGCUCCGUUCCAGGCGAUUAACCUGCGUCCGGGCUUUUUGAAGGAUGGGCCUGCUACGCGGAAAGUCGAGCUUGGUAUCACGCCGAAGGGUCAUGGGAGUGUUACGCGUGAAGAUGUUGCCAUUGUUGCGGAUCUGUUGCUUGCAAGGGAUGAUACGGAGGGAUGGAUUGAUCUUGUCAAUGGGGAUGUCCCUGUUGAGGAGGCGGUUGAGAAGGUUGCUAAGGAGAAGAUUGAUUCUGUUGAGGGGGAGGAUGUUGAGGGGAUGGUUAAGAGAUUCUUCCCUUGA